AAAACGGACGGCGCAACCGAGGAGAACAACAAACCCUCCCAUGUCUCCGUGUUUCCCUCUAUCUACACAUAACACGCUCAUACAACUCAGCCCACCACCACUCACCAUCACUCACCAGCACUCACCAUCACUCACCAUGGAUGCAGACGUGGAUCAAGACCAAGGGUUAAAUUCUGCUCUCAGUCAGCAUCAGUACGGACACCACUUUCAGUCCACAUCAUCUCAGGUUGAGGAUGAAAGAAGAACGGGGUCUCCUUCUCACCGGAUCUCAGACAGAAGCAUGAUGGCUCCUCUGAUCGCAGAGUAUGAUCGGCACAUGGAUGAAAUGAAUGAACAGUUACAGAGAUAUCAGGCGCUGAUGACAGAUGUCAAAGUGAAGUUGGAGAGGGUUGUCAAAGAGAACGAAAGGCUGCAUGCCGAGCUAAGGGAGUCUGUAGAGAAGCAGCUGCAUGGUCUUCCCGUGGCUCCAGGAGCGGAGGGCAGCACACUGGAGGAGGAGGCAUUCAUCAGGAACCUCCAAGAACAGAUCCAGCUGUCGGAGCAGGAGCGGCUGCAGGCCAUGGAGCUGUGGCAGACGGCAGCCCAGGAGCUGGACCACCUCCAGCAGGUCUACCAGAAAUCCAACUCGGAUGGUCAGGUCCACGAUGCUCACAGACGGCAGCUCAAGGAUCAGCUUGUUCAGUUCCAGCAGCACUCACACAAACUCGAAGUCACCAAUCAGAAGCUGGAAUCGACCAACCAUCAGUUGCUGAAGACGGUGACAGAGCAGAGCACGGAGAUGGAGGAGCAACACAGUCAGCUCAGACAAGCCAAAGCUGAACUGAGGACGGCCACAGCCAAAGUGGAUGAGAUGACCAAAUUGCUGCAGAAUGUCCAGAACCAGAUGCAGAGACGGGAGGAGGAUGUGGCAGAGGCUCAGGGCCGCGAAGAUGCGGCCGACAGACGGCUCCAUCAGCUCCAGGCAGCCUUGAGCCAGCUAGAGGCCAGGCUGAAGGCAUCAUCUCAGGAGGCAGAGUCCUUUCGCAGAGAGCAAACUGUGUGGGAGAGAAAGUUGGGGGAACUCCAGGGACGUUGCAGCACCCUAGAAGAGGAGAAGUAUGAGGCCCUGGCCAAAGUUCGAGAGAGCGUUCAGGUGGCGGAGGAGGCUGCACUGCAGAAGGACCAGGCCUUGUUAAGAGAGAAACAGAGGAUGGAGGAUCUAGAGAAGACGAAGGAGGCCAUCAAACAGUUGAUCCAGGACGCUGCGGUCCGCACCAGAAAAGAGGUAGAAAAUGUGCGCAAGCAGUGCAACGCUCAAAUCCACCGUAUGGCCGAGGAGCUGUCUGCACUGCAGCUGGAGUGUGCAGAUAAAGAGUCUCAGAUUGAAAGAUCCCUGCGAGAGAGAAAAGCUGCAGAGGAGGAACUGGAGAAGGUGUAUAAGGAGGGCAGGGCAGAGCCAGAAUACAGGAAGAUUGAGGCUCUUCAUCAGAGGUGUCUGAAUGCAGAGAGGAUGAAGGAAGACAUGAGCUUGACUCUACAAAGCACCAAGAACAAAUUAAAAACGAUGGACAUGGACUACAGCGAGGAGCUGUCCCGGUGCCAAGAGGAGGUGAGGCGGCUGCAGGUCUCCCUGGCUGCAGCCCGGGACGACAGCGUUAAUGUCAGUGAGGAGCGGCUCCAACUGCAACAGGAGAACUUGCAGCUCCGGAGGGAGAUGGAUGAGCUCCGCAAAGCCACCCUGCUGCUUCAAAAGAAGGCCAAACAACAGGUGUCACAGGUGGAGCACGAGUACAGCCUGAAGGAACAGGGGCUCGACGCUCGGGUGAGGGAGCUGGAGGAGAGCAGCCGCAGCUCCACCAUUGAUCUGACGCGCCUCCUCACAGCACAGCAGAAGAGCACUCAGCGCUGGAAGGAAGAGGCCAAGAACCUAGUCCAGGCCUUUGAGUCUAAAAUAACAGGCCUUAAGGGAGAGCUGAAUCGGCAGAAGCAGCGUUCACACGAUCUUGAGAUGCAGCUGGAAACCGAUCACAACACCAUUACUGAGUACGAGAGGCAGCUCGCAGAGUAUCAAGAGAAGUCGAGUCGUCUCCAGAGACGACUGACACAUGCGGAACAAAGGGCAACUACUGCAACACAGCAGCUGAGUAUGCUGGCAUCGCAACGAAGGAAAUUGGCCGUGGUGGAUCCAGAGACUUUGUGAUGUUUACUGGUCACUGUUUAGUAGGGGGGGAAAUGUAGCCAUGUUUUAGAGCACUUUGUUUUUUCUUUUUAAAAUAUGAUAUUAAUGUACUGGCCAAAGGCAUAAAACAGACAUGCUGUUAUUAAUGCCCUGGUGGUGAUAUGACUACAAUAUGUCUUAAUUUUAAUAACCAAUGUGUUUCCAAUGGUUUUUUAUCAAGCAUUAUUUAAAUAUAUAUGUCUGAUACAGGUGCAUCUAAUAAAAAUUGGAU